CCAGCCUCUCUGUGCAGGAACUUCACACAGUCACAUACUGCUGAGCAUUAACCUCUUGUUUGCAUGAACAAAAAAGCUUCUGAAUGAGAGAAUGAGUGUGAACAUGGGGACGCGCCACAGCAAGUUCCAGAGUAUGUCGGACUCUACCCUUCUUCCGGAGGAAGUUCUACUGCAGAUCUUGUCCUUGGUGCCAACUACAGACUUGAUCUGUCACUGCACAUUGGUCUGUACCCUGUGGAGGGACAUUAUCAACUCACCAACACUGUGGAAAAUAAAAUGUCAGAAUGUGGGGUACAUCUCUAAGGAGUGCGUGAGAACCCCUAAAGACUGGAAGCUGUUCUACUAUUUAUCCAGCAAGAAACGGAAUUUACUGAGGAAUCCCUGUGCAAUGGAAGGGUUUAAAUUCUGGAACAUUGAGCAAAAUGGAGGAGAUUGGUGGGCAACAGAAGAUUUACCAGGGACCCAUGGACAAGACUUCCCAAAUGACGAAGUUACCAAAUAUUUUGUUACUUCUUAUGGGCCCUGCAAGAAAUCUCAGCUCAUCAACCUCAAGAAAAUAGGAUAUGAUGAGAAACUUAUGGACCUUGUACAACCAGAUAUCGUGAUCAGAGACUGGUAUGCAGCUAGGCAUGACUGCGGCUGUCAGUAUGAAGUUCUCAUUAAGCUACUGUCAGAAAAAAAGAAACCUGUGAAGGUGUUUAACCCCGACCCAGUGAUGAUCGAGCAGUGGAGUGACGCCCAGUGGCACCAGAUGACACACACCUUCAGUAACUAUGGACCAGGGGUGCGGUACGUUUAUUUCCAGCAUGGUGGACAAGACACACAGUUCUGGGCCGGUUGGUAUGGAGUCAGAGUGACCAACAGCAGCAUCACCAUCGAGCCUGAAAAUCUCAGGGCCUGAAUCCUGCAUUAUACGUGAUGUAUACAAAUGGACUUCUAUAUAAUGACACCGAGACCAUGAUUGCAACAGCGUCCAUGACAAAUUAACUGGGUGCACUGUGUUAACCCCUGUUUGUCUGUGCAGGAUGACACUGCCUAGAAACACUCAUGCUGUAUCAUGAACCUCAUUAAGAAGGGUAUUAAUGUCUAUGUUCUAUAGCAUGGAUGCACAACCUUUUAUUUAUUUUUUGUUUGGGGGCUGCAUUGUCACAUUGCGCUAUUAGAGGGGACCACACAAAAAAAAAAAAGUUGAUCGGUGCUCUUUUCUAUCGGCCUAUUACAAAAGCCAAUGCAAAUCGAAUUUGGAGAAAUGAUCGCUACCAGAGUUGUCUCUUCCUUAUUCAGUUCUGAUUAUGGCAGCACAUCCCUGAUUACACAGUAAGAGGUGCUGCUGAUGAUCGGGCAUCGCUUCUUCUGAUCUCAUUAAUUGGCCUGAAAAUCAUGCAGUGUAAUAGCGGUUUAGUGACGACAUUUCCUUCCAUCCUGUCUCCUAGUCAUAAGUGAGCGCUUUCCUUUUACUGCAGAAGAUGGCUCUGAUUGGUUAUUAUUCAUGAUAUCUGUGACCGAUGCCCGGCAAUAACCAUUAAAGGGUUCGUGUCAUGGGAAAAAUCGUUAUGUAGCUGACUGACUUUAGCGAUGUGCUAAUGUCAGCAGUACAUAACAGUAUGCUUGUUAACUCCCUGCCUGGCGC